GCAUAACGCGGUUCAAUACCGGCUCAUUACCCCCCGAACUGACUCCAACGAUACAUUCAUUGAAUGUCAAGGCUUGGCCAUCAAGUCGGGGGAUACGGAGCUGGAGAUCGUCAAUGUAUACAUACCACCCGCCACCAGUUGCUCAGCUGGAUACCACCCUAACAUAAGUGCGCUAUUAGAGGGUGUGAACCGGGUAGUGCUAGGCGACUUCAAUGCGCACCACGAACUCUGGCACUCCAAUCUGGGCAAUGACCAGCGGGGUACAAUGCUCGCUGAGCAAAUUGACGACUCCACGUUCUGCACUGUGAAUGAUGAUGCCCCCACCAGGGUCGCGGGUGACUGCUAUAGCUCGCCAGAUAUAACUAUAGCAAGCGGGGGUCUGAUAAACUGCAUUGGAUGGCAACCAGUGCUCACGCUCGCAUCAGACCACCUGCCCAUAGUAGUCGCCAUAGACCAGCCAAGAGAUUUUAUGACAUCCGAGAACCGGACAUUCAUGAACACACGGAAGGCGAACUGGGACGGUUUCACGGAAUUCACAGAUCGCAAAUUCAAUGCUCUUCCUCUACCAUCAUGCGCGCGCGUAGCAGAGCGCAAUAUCCGCAGAAUCAUCAACGCAGCAGCCGCUCGCUUCAUACCAGCCGGCCGGAUCGCCAAAAUCCGCCCAGGAUUCCCCACUGAAGCGGCGGGACUCGCAGACGAGCGUGAUGGAAUCCGCCAGGCUAAUCCAGGGGAUCCCCGUAUAAGAGAUCUCAAUAGGGACAUUAGAAACCUGGUCAACGAACACAAGCGGAACAAAUGGAAUGAGCAUCUAAAAUCCUGCAACCUCUCAAGCGGAGCCAGCAAACUGUGGUCCACAGUCAAGUCCCUCUCCAAUCCGACGAAGCGUAGAGACAAUGUCGCUCUCACCUUCGGCACCACCACCACGUCGGAUCCGCGGUCGUGCGCGCGCUUCUUUAGCCGGCAAUUCAUUGCACACCCAGAGAGAGACAAAACCCGCCGCAGCGUGCUACGUAAAGCACACAAACUCCGCCCCCGAGACACACCACUGUGCUUCACCACCGAAGAGACGCAGGCAGCUGUCAACCACGCCAAGUCAUCGAAGGCGUUAGGCCCAGACGGAAUUUCCAUGCAGAUGCUGAAAAGCUAGGACCUGCGGGAGUCGAGUAUA